AUGAAGUUAUUAUACGUUGGUGCAUUCUUUGCUUUAUUUUAUUCAAUCUUAAGUCUGUUAUACAGCACUUGGUUGCCAAAAAAUUACGUUUUUGAUGCCAAAGUUUUACAAGAGAUCGUUCAAGAAACUUUGGCCGAAGAAACAAGUGGUAACAUUACUUUAAUCAUUGAUACUUUAGUUCCAAAAUUACAAGAUAAGUAUGGUAAGGAUAUCAUCAAUGAAAUGAACUAUAAUGAAUGGGUUUUCAAUAAUGCUGGUGGAUCAAUGGGUACCAUGUUUAUUUUACAUGCCUCCAUCUCUGAAUAUUUGAUUAUUUUUGGUACUGCUAUUGGUUUGAAUGGUCAUACUGGUGUUCAUUUUGCUGAUGACUAUUUCACCAUCUUAACAGGAAAUGAAAAAGGUUACUUUGACAACCAAUUGGAAGCUUCAGUCUACUUACCAGGAGAUCAACAUCAUUUGGAGAGAGGUCAAGUUAAACAAUUCUCCAUGGAUGAAGGUUCUUAUGCUUUAGAAUUGGCUCAAGGUUGGAUUCCAGCUAUGUUACCAUUCGGUUUUGUUGAAGUUGUCUCAAGUACUUUAGAUUUCGAAACUUUCGGUAGAACUGUCUAUUAUACCGGUAGAGAUAUGAUCAAAAAUUUAUUAAACGGUAAAUUUUAA